AUGACAGAAGUUCUGGUGUGCAGUGAAGGCAACACUCUAGAUAGUGAGGAUGAUGAAGAUGGUUUGCUGGCUUGGUGGAGAACUGUGGAAGGUUGGGGAGAAUGGAAUGAGUCAACACAGUUUAAUGAGAAAGAUGGAGAAGAAGCAAUAGAAGCAGCAGUUAACAGGGUCUUCAUGGCUACCAAACUCUUCGUUUAUCUGCUCAACCAGCGGGAGGUGUCGCUACAGCAGCGGAUACUUGAUUUAUUAGCAUUAGCCGAUGCGGCAGACAACUUCCACAAGAAAACAGUAACUGCUAGCGUUGGAGGCGGGGUGGCCAGUGUAGCCGGAAGUAUCACCACCAUCACUGGCCUGGUGAUGGCGCCCUUUACCUUUGGGACAUCUCUUAUUGUAACGGCAAUGGGCAUUGGUGCUGCAACUGCAGGUGGAGUGGCAUCUGUGUCCGCAAAUAUCACAGACAUUGUUCACUCCAACUCAGACAGGAAGAAGGUGGAGAAGAUGAUCCAAGACUACCAGCAUGAAAUGAAAGAUAUUAAAGAAAGCCUGGACUUUAUCCAGGCUGGUAUGGAGACUCUGAAAGAGUGGAACUUUGAGCGGUACAUGGACAGCAUCUCCAAAAGGGCUCUUAACCAGAACAUGAAGCAUGUUUUAAAAGAGGGUGACCGGAAUGGGAAAGCUCUCCUCAUCAACUUUGAAAAUCUCAUCAACACAGUCCAGGUCCUCAGUGCAGCGGGAGGUGCAGCCAAAGCUGCCCAGGUCAUAAGCGUCACCACAGGCAUCAUGUCAGGACUUUUCUUGGCCCUGGAUGUCUUCUUUCUGGCUAAGGGAUCACUGGAGUUACAGAAGGGGGCCAAGACAGAGUUUGCGAACAAGAUCAGAGAGGUUUGCAAGAAGCUCCGGGAAGGAAUGAAGGAACUGAACUGCAUCAAGCAACAGCUGCAGAAAACAAUGGAUGGUGUUGAGAUGGACGAUGAAGUUGAUGGUGGUGAUGUGGAAGACAAUCAGCAGGAAGAGGAAGGAUAUUAA